AAAACUGAGUGCCGUGGAGGUCAUGUUUCAGUUCAUUAUGUCGAAGGUUCUCAAGCCUCUCCUUGGGGACACCCCACAAUUUUGUUGUAGCCCUGAACUAACUCAAGGGCUUGACUAUUUGAAUCCGGUGUGCUAGCUGUGGAAUAGUUAAAAUAUAUGGAAUAGCUAGGAUUUCUUGAGCGGUUUGAGAACCCUUACUAGACAAAUCUGGAGAAUUGCCCUAUUUGAUUUUAUUACAGUUUUUCAAUACACAGAUGGUGCUCUUUAGUUCCGUCAGUGCUAUCAGAGCGGAAACAAAGAUCACAAUCAUCGUCACUUCCGUGAAACUAAACGUAAACAAAGAUGGUGGAUUGUGAAAAUACUACUCACACAGAAAACAAAAUGAAAAAAUUGGAAUUGUUGAAUAUAUUUCUCACCGAGAAAUUAACCACGGCUGCCAAUGAGAUAUUUGGGGCUGUGAAGGGUACUAUAGUUGAGUACCAGACAGAAAUCGUUCGCUCCAAGGAGGAGAACAAUCAUCUCCGAAAGCUGCUGGAUAUCGCUGUUCAGCGCGUUCUACUUCAAACAGACUGUCAUACUAUCCAUCUCACCGAAGAUGCAUCUUCACCUGAGCAGCAGCAUCGUGAGCAGGAGUGGACCCCCGGUCUAGGCCAGGAGGACCCAGAGCCCACACAGAUUAAAGAGGAACAGGAGCUCAGAAACAGUCCAGAGGAAGAGCAGCUUCAAGGGCUGGAGUCUGAAACCGAAGGAGAAUCCAUAUAUACGCCUUCUUUUGUGAAAAGUAACUGUGAUCAGGACCCACCUCCACCUUCACAUCUUCCCCAAACUGUGAACAACAGAGAAGGAGACUCUUUAGCCAGAACCAUAUCUAAUAAUCAUAUCAAAAUAGAGAAUGAAGGAGAAGGCUACAGCACAUCAGAACCAACCAGUGACUUACAGCACGUCUUCACCGUGAAUUCAGACUGUCUUGCAGCUCGGAGUGAAAACAGUGCCCAACCCAAUAUCAACAAUAUAAUUCAGAGAGGACUCUCAGAAUAUGAGGCCCCACAGCCACAGGCAACAUAUGAAAGAGAAAGUAUUGGUCUACACAUACAUGUUAGAGACCAGAACACCACCAAGCUUCCUCAACAGAGAUCCCCCUAUCAAGCCCAAGGCAUACAGAGAGUGUAUCCUUGCCGGGAGUGUGGGAAGUGCUUCAAUUUCUCUUGUCAGUUAGAAGUCCACAUGCGAUGGCACAGCAAAGAAAGACCAUUCAGCUGCUCUGUGUGUCGAAAAAGCUUCACCACCAUCAGCCUGUUGAGGAGACACCACCGCAUUCACACUGGAGAGAAACCCUACCGCUGUCACAUCUGUGGGAAAUGUUUCAAUCAGUCGGCUCACCUGAACACCCACUUUAAAAUUCACCCAGGGGAGAGACCACACAGCUGGAAAAUGGCUCAGUCAAAACGUUAACAGCAGAGACAUCUACACUCAGAAGGGAGAGUAACAUGUACAUCUGGGCAGUAGAACUAUUGUUCAGGAUUUAAGACACUAGAAGAACCCGUGAUUGAUGUUUGAACAAUGCAUUACAAUACAUUGAGGACUGGUGCUGUUAUUCUUUUGUAAUUAUAUUAGAUGCAGAGGGUAGAAAAUCCAUCUUAUUCAGCCUAACUAGAUGCAAUCAAUCAAUUAAUUAGAUCAUCCUUAUCUAUUUCCCUUUAGGACUUGGACCUGACUGCUGGGCUGUAUGACUAGCCUAUUAGGGUCUUGCCACAGUUAUCCUUAUCCCUAAUGAUAAUAAUACAUGGGACUUUAAGCACCUUUCAGAAACCAUAAGAACACUGCACACCGAAGAGUAUGAAACAAGACAAUAAAAUGAAUAAAAGCUACUUAUCUUAGGCUAGGGCUGAGUAAGGGUGAGCUAAGCUUAGGGGAAUGCGAGACUAAACAAGUAGGCUUUGAUAUUGUUUUUGAAAAUGGCGAUGGAGUCUGAAUUGCAGGUGGCUUGGGGGGGAGAGACUUCCAGAGUUUGGGGGCAGCGGUGCUAAAUGCUCUUUUUUUAGCAACCAGGAAAUGGCGGAGUGAUUUCUACAUAGUGCAUCUUUAACGGUUUUAAUAAAUAAUUGGUCUGUUUCAAGUCAGGAUGACUAUUUGUGCAAUCUUCUACCACCAGGCAGCAGCAAUAUGUGUGGGUUUAGUAUUAUGUCAAGUGUGUACUGUGGUGGCGUCUUCUGUAGAUAAGAAUCUCACUGUUACACUAUUCGUACUAUUACCAAAAGUCCUACCCAAUUUCAUUUAUAAAACGGCAAGGGAAAAAGCCUUUCCCAAAAUGACCUUUGUUCAAAAACAAAAAUGUCAACAUCUGUUUUAUUAAACUAUUACAUUUUGUGCAACACAGUCAAAAUAGAUUUGACAUAUUUCAAUAUUUCAACAAAGAGCCUCCUUCUCAAACCACACAUGGAAGGUCUUUCAGUUCAAGCAGUCACAUACACAUUUUCAAAACAUGCAAUUUGAAUUAAUCCAGUAACAGGUCUUUGUUAGACACACCACUCUGUGGCUCCCCACGAUGUUAUGCAAGUUCAUGCAUUCAUUAUUGUCUACCUUUUUCAACCUAAAGCAGUGACUUCUGCGAUACAGUAUGUGUAUAAUUCUAGAUAUCAGUUAGUACUUUUCAAAUCUAGUUUAAACCGAUACAUUUUCCCCACGCAUAUCACGAUUUCUCCGGUUUGUGAAUCAAGCUCAUAUGCCUUCUAAGGGAUCCCAUCCGAUUGAAGCGUUUGCUGCAUUCAUGGCAUGGAUGCGGUUUCUCCUCUAGGUGAGUCUUCAUGUGCACUGUCAGGGCUUCACUCACAGCGAAGGCCUUGCCACAUUCUUCACAGCGAUGCGGUUUCAACCCUGUGUGACUUGUCAUAUGUGUGGUCAGGGAUCUCUUCACAGGGAAGCCCUUUCCACAAACAUGGCAACGAUGCGGCUUCUCCUUUGUGUGUGUCCUCAGGUGCAUCUGCAAGCUUCCUUUUCGACUGAAAUGUUUACCGCAAUCUUGACACUGAAAUGGUUUCUCCCCAGUAUGAAUGACUU